AUGCCUCCCGAAUCUCAAGACAACUCUCCACUUGGAGGCGAACAAUAUGAACAAGAGCACGUCCACGAAGUCUACGAACAAAUCGCCUCACAUUUCUCAUCCACACGCUACAAACCAUGGCCAAUAAUCGAACGCUUCCUCCAGAACCUAUCCCCAGGCUCAAUAGGCCUAGACAUCGGCUGCGGAAACGGAAAAUACCUCACCGUAAACCCCAACAUCUUCAUAAUCGGCUCCGACCGAUCUGCAAACCUCAUCACCAUCGCGAAAAACCAUCAACCACAUUCCGUCAUCGUCUCAGAUAUUCUCGACUUACCGCAUCAACCUUCGAAAUUUGAUUUCGCGAUUUCUAUAGCUGUCGUGCAUCAUCUUUCCACACGGGACCGAAGGAUUGAGGCUGUACGAGAGAUUUUGAAGACGUUGAAGGCGAAGGAUGGGAGGGCUUUGAUUUAUGUUUGGGCUUUGGAGCAAGAUGGUAGUCGGAGGGGGUGGAGUGAGAAGGAUGAUCAGGAUGUGAUGGUGCCGUGGGUUAUGAGAGUUUCGAAGAAGGCGAAGAAUGAUGAUUCGAAUGGUGCUCCUGCCGAAGAUCGGACGUUUCAUCGGUACUAUCAUCUCUAUAGAAAAGGUGAGUUGGAGGAUGAUAUCCAUGGCGCUGGUGGCGAGGUUGUCGAGUCUGGCUACGAGAAAGACAAUUGGUGGGCGGUUGCCACACGAAAAUCAGCUUAG